CCCGCGACGCGCCGAGGCCGCGGUGGGUCCUGGGAAGGAGAGCUGUCUGAGGCCCGCGGCCUGGUCGCGGUCGGCCUCUGAGGCUCCGGAAGGCGCAGUUUGCGGGACGCUGGCGCGGGGUCCCCGUCGCAGAGCCGAAAGCCUUGCUUGCGCGGGCCGAGGUAGGGGAAGGGCCCGCCCUGCCCGAGCCUGUCCUCGCCGGGGCCCGGGGGGCCGGGGGGCCGGGGGCGGUGGCCCUGCCCCGAGCUCGGGAAGCCUUGGUUGCCCGACCAGCAGCGCGGAGGAGACGCCCCAGCUGCGGCUCCGUUAAAGGCGGCGGCGCUGGGGGCGCGGGUCGGGCCCAGGCUCGGAGCCCCCGCCGCGGCGGGGAGGGAGCUGUCGCGGGCGUCCCUGACCCUCGUGACGAGGGCGGUGGAUGCGGAGCCCGGGCUCCGGCCCGCGCGUCAGCUCGUCGCUCUCCCCGCCAGCUCCGCCUUCCACGCUCGGUUCUCCGCGGGCCCUGCCGUGAGCCAUGUCUCAGGGGUCAGUGACAUUCAGAGACGUGGCCGUAGACUUCUCGCGGGAGGAGUGGGAAUGGCUUCAGCCUGCUCAAAGAGAUUUGUACAGACAUGUAAUGUUGGAGAACUAUGGCCACCUGGUCUCACUGGGUCUUAACAUUUCUAAGCCACAUGUGGUUUCCUUACUGGAGCAAGGGAAAGAGCCGUGGCUGGGGAAAGAUGCAAGCAGAGGUCUGUUUUCAGCUUCAGAGUCAAAUGGUGAGAUCAAAGAGUUUUCUCCAAAAAAUGUCAUAUACGAAGAUGAUUCAUCCCAGUAUUUGAUAAGAUCUUCAAAUCUUUCAUUUGAAAGAUUUCUAAGCCAAGGCCUUCAGUAUUCCAGUUUUAAAGAAGGCUGGAAAUGUGAGGGUGAUACUGAGAUGCUGCAGGGAAAUCAGGGAUAUAUCAGGCAAGUGACAGUUUCCCAUCAAGAAGCCCUGUCUCAACAUAUGAAUGUUAGUACUGUGGAGAGACCCUAUGGAUGCCAUGAGUGUGGAAAAACUUUCAGUCGGCGCUUUUCCCUUGUGUUACAUCAGAGAACUCACACUGGAGAGAAGCCAUACGUAUGCAAGGAAUGUGGGAAAACCUUUAGCCAGAUCUCAAACCUCGUAAAACAUCAGAUGAUACAUACGGGAAAGAAACCCCAUGAGUGUAAAGACUGUAAUAAAACAUUCAGUUACCUCUCGUUCCUCAUUGAACAUCAGAGAACACAUACUGGGGAGAAACCCUAUGAAUGUACUGAAUGUGGAAAGGCCUUUAGCCGUGCCUCAAACCUCACUCGACAUCAGAGAAUUCACAUAGGAAAGAAACAGUACGUAUGUAGGAGAUGUGGGAAGGCCUUUAGCAGUGGCUCUGAACUCAUUCGCCAUCAGAUUACACACACUGGAGAGAAACCUUAUGAAUGCAUUGAGUGUGGGAAGGCAUUUCGCCGUUCUUCACACCUUACCCGGCAUCAGAGUGUCCAUACCUCCAAAACCCCCUAUGAAUGUAACGAAUGCAGUAAAGCCUUCCGUUGCCACUCAUUCCUUAUUAAACAUCAGAGAAUUCAUGCUGGAGAAAAGCUCUAUGAAUGUGAUGAAUGUGGUAAAGUUUUCACGUGGCAUGCAUCCCUUGCACAACAUAUGAAAAUUCAUACUGGAGAAAAGCCCUAUGCGUGUACUGAAUGUGACAAAACCUUUAGUCGGAGCUUUUCUCUCAUUCUACAUCAAAUAACUCAUACUGGGGAGAAGCCCUAUGUAUGUAAGGUAUGCAAUAAAUCCUUCAGCUGGAGCUCAAACCUUGCUAAACAUCAGAGAACACACACUCUAGAGAACCCCUAUGAAUAUGAAAAUUCAUUUAACUACCACUCAUUCCUUGCUGAACACCAGGGUAUUCACACUGUAGAGAAAACCUAAGAAUGUAUGGAUUAAAACAAAAAACAAAAAAAGCAGCUAAUGCCUUACUUUGACUUCAGAGAACUCUUGGAAAGAAGCCUUAUGUGAAUGUGUUUAUUGUGAUGAAAUGUUGUCUCUGCUUUAUUCAGUAUUCUGGAGAAAAACCCAAGGAACAUAUGGGAAAGCCAUUAAUAGCUGCUCAUUCUUUUUGUAAUACCAGAAGAUGAAAUCAAACAAUACUGAGAAGACUCUUCAUCUGGUAGGAUUCCCUUAAUCUACAUUUGUAAAUUCCUACCAGGAAAGGAUACAUGUCCAAUAAAUGUGAGAAACCUUUUA